CUGCGCAAAAUCUCCGUCUCCAUCCACCGCUCGCCGACGCUCCUGUUGCCGAGUUGGAGAAAAGCCAUAGAAGAGCUGGAGAUGGAGUUUCGAAAGCUCCCACGCGACGUCCGCACUCGGUGGAACUCCACGUUCCGAAUGCUGGUCGCCGUGCUUGAGUAUCGCGAGGCGAUAGAAAAGAUGACGGCGACGCAGGCGAAUGGCCUACGUCGGUGGGAGCUGAGCGAGAGGGAGUGGGAGAUUGCGACGCAACUCCGUGACGUCUUCUAUGACGCGACACAAUUUUUCUCGCGUGAAGGCGAGGAGGCUCCGGAUCUCACCGAUGUGAUCCCGUCCAUGGACCUGAUUGACCAUCAACUCGCGACGGAUGCGAUCAACACCGACCUCGACCCUGCCAUCCGUGUUGCCAUUGGCAUGGCGAAACGCACCAUCAAUCGGUAUUACGACAAGAGCGAUGAGUCGGCUGCCUACCGCAUCGCUAUGGGUACGUCAUCUCUCCUUUAA